AUGUACUCUUUGGAUGUCACCUCUCUAUACACAAAGGUGCCACUUGAUGAAACAAUACAGAUUAUUCUAGACAGCCGAUUAUAUUAUCUCCCUGAUCCUCCGCAAUUACCUCGUUCUGCUUUGCAGAAUCUCUUAGGGUUUGCCACUAAGAAGAGCCAUUUUAUAUUUGAUGGCCAAUACAUCGAUCAGAUUGAUGGUGUAGCCAAGGGUUCACCUUUAGGCCCAGUUUUGGCCAACAUUUUCAUGUGCCACUUUGACGAAAAAUUUUUGAUGAACAGCAGAUUCUCUCCUUCACUUUGGUUCAGAUAUGUAGAUGACACCUUCAUCAUGUGUGACAGCAAAGAUAAUGCUAAUGAGUUUUUAAGUUUUCUAUCAAAUAGUCGACAUGAUAGCAUCAAAUUUACCAUUGAAUUUGAAGAAGACAAUAAGAUUCAAUUUUUAGACAUCCUUUUUAAACGCUGCCCUGACAACACUUUCUCCACAUCUGUCUACUGGAAGAAGGCAUUCACAGGCCUCUACAGUAAGUGGGAUUCAUUCACACUUCGUAAGUACACAAUCGACCUCAUCCGCACAGUCACCUAUCGAUGCUUCCGAAUCUGCUCUUCACCAUCUUUGUUGCAAGUCGCUAUUAAAUAG